UGCGUUUGACGUGAGAAUAAAACUGGUGUUUUAAGUCUCGCACCCAGAGUGUGUGAAGGGUGAAAGAAUAUAACUUGCCGUACUCUCUUUUCUUUCUCCUCUGUCUCUUCCACUAACUUAAAAAAAAAAGUUAGAAAACUGCUCUCAUCUCCAGACAAAUUCAUUUUGUUGGUCGACAAGGGAAUUUUAUUUGGAUUAGGGAUCGGAUCAGAUCGGAUGGAUGGGGAUAGAGGAAGAACGGCAGACAUCGUAGAAGAGAAUAAUAAUAAUAAUGCUUCUGGAGAUGAUCAGCCAACCGUUGACUGGAGGGGAAGACCUGCAAAUCCUAGUAAACAUGGUGGAAUGCCUGCUGCUGCCUUUGUUCUUGGGGUGCAAGGAUUUGAGAUAAUGGGAAUAGGAGCGGUUGGGAACAAUUUGAUAACGUACGCGAUGAAAGAGAUGCACUUUUCGCUGUCAAGAUCAGCAAACAUCGUGACAAACUUUGUUGGGACUGUCUUCAUCUUAGCCCUCCUCGGUGGCUUCCUCUCUGAUUCUUAUCUCGGUUGCUUCUGGACCAUGCUCAUCUUUGCCUUUCUCGAGCUCUCUGGUUUCAUAUUAUUGUCGGUCCAAGCUCAUCUACCACAGCUGAAACCACCAAAAUGCAACAUGUUGGGAUUGGAUGGUGAUAAAUUAUUGUGUGAGGAGGCAAAGGGGUUGAAAUCAUUGAUAUUUUUUGUGGCACUUUAUUUGGUGGCAUUGGGGAGUGGAUGUGUGAAACCAAACAUGAUAGCCCACGGAGCUGACCAGUUCAACCAAACACAGCCUAAGCUUCUAGCUAGGUACUUCAAUGCUGCUUAUUUUGCCUUCUCCGUCGGCCAGCUAAUUGCCCUUACGCUCCUUGUUUGGGUGCAAACUCACUCCGGCAUGGACGUCGGUUUCGGCGUCUCCGCCGCGGCCAUGGCCAUGGCUUUGAUUUGCUUGGUGUCUGGCCUCCUUCGCUAUAGGAACAAGCCUCCCCAAGGAAGCAUUUUCACUCCAAUUGCUCAAGUUUUUGUGGCAGCCUUUUUGAAGAGGAAACGUGCAUUUCCAUGUGAUCCACGAAUGGUUCAUGGGAGCCGCGCUACCACGUCUGAUGAUGUUGUCAUUAUUCGUUAUUCUAAUGCAUUCAGGUGGUUAGACAAGGCAUGUAUUAAAAGCGAGGAAGGAUUAAUUAAGGAGAGUCCAUGGAGGGUUUGUAGUAUGAGACAAGUGGAUCAAGUGAAGAUACUCAUUUCAGUCAUCCCAAUAUUUGCAUGCACCAUUGUGUUCAACACUAUUCUUGCACAGCUCCAAACAUUCUCUGUCCAACAAGCAAGCACCAUGAACACUAAACUCACCAAAACCUUCAGCAUCCCCCCUGCUUCUCUUCAAGCCAUCCCUUACAUCCUCCUCAUCUUUCUCGUCCCUCUCUAUGACUUUGUCUUCGUUCCCUUGGCCCGAAAAUUCAAGGGUCAGGGCAACAAAUACGACAUCACGCCCUUACAGCGAAUAGGUCUUGGCCUAUUCUUCGCGACAUUCUCCAUGGUAGCUGCUGCUAUCAUGGAGAACAAGAGGAGAAACUCAUCGUCCCAUCGCGUCAUCAUGUCUGUCUUUUGGAUAACUCCACAGUACGUAAUCUUCGGAGUAUCUGAAAUGCUAACAGCAGUGGGGCUGAUCGAGUUCUUCUACAAGCAGCCAUUGAAGGGCAUGCAAGCGUUCUCAACCGCCAUAACCUACUGCUCUUAUUCCUUUGGUUUUUACCUCAGCUCGGUGCUGGUGUCUGUUGUGAAUAAGGUCACUGGGCGUUCCUCAUCCCAUGCUAGCGGUUGGCUGGCCGACAAUGAUCUAAAUAAGGAUAGGCUUGAUCUCUUCUACUGGAUAUUGGCAGCAAUAAGCUUCCUUAACUUCCUCAACUAUCUAUUAUGGUCUACAUGGUACUUGCGAGUUCGGUCAUCAUCGUCUUCCUCACCAACAGUCUUGUUUCAUGAGCAUGAAGACUUCAACUCUAAUAAUAAGAAAAGCAUUGUAGGUUGGAAUGAUGUGUAGAGUGUGUGUUCCCAAGUAUAAAUUGCUAAGCCAUAUUUGAUCUGUAUAAUAGUGAUAUGUGUAUGUGUUAAUGUGUUAUUAUAGGGUACAUACUAGUGUAUAUUUGCAUGUGGUAGUAGUGCAGUAUGAUAUGUAUAAAAUAGUACAUUCAGUUCUUCUUUCCACUUCUUUUUAUUCUAGCUACUAGUCAUAUCGUAUAUAGUUUCAUUCUUUGUAAAUGGUAACACUAGUUAUUGCAAUAUAUACUAGCUACUACACAUAUAUAUACAUGAGUGUGUAUGUUUUGAUCA